UGUCUUGUCUAUGUACAUAAUUAUAUGUACAUAAUAAUAAUUAUCCAUUUUUCACAUAAUAAAGGAUGAAGUCUAACACAUUUUUGCUAUUUGUUGUAAUUGCAUCGGUGUCACCAUUUGAGAAUGGCACUCCUUCAGAAAAAGGACACAAGCACAGGAGAAUCGAAACAAUCCCUGUAGACGAUGACAAUUUGCUUCAGCCGGAGAUUCCGGAAGCAGUUGAGGAAAUGCUGGCGAACGUUCGCAUUGCACCAAAUGUGAACACCGGGAGACAACGUCGAACUGGAAAAAAGUACCCCUGGCCAUCAUUACAAUCGCAACAAGAUGAAACCAAAGAAAGCUCAAUUCAAGUUCACAAAAGUGCAAUAUUUGACCAAGUAAAUCCUGGUGAGUCAUAUUCACGCGAGGAAUUGCUUAAUGACCAUGACCUCAACCCAACAGACUCUGCGAAACUCCUUCUUGAAUUGACGCAUUUAAAGGAAGAGAUUGACAAAGAAAUUGCGAAAUUACAAAAUGAAAGUACAUCCUCAACGACAACAAAUGAUGAGUCAAACGUAAUCGUUAGGGCGGCUCGUGAGUUGGUUCGAAAGGCCGAGUUGGCAUCUCGAAGUAAGCGACAGAGUGAAAGUGAGAUUUUGCUGCCAUACCGAGCGUGCAUCUACAUUGACAUUCCGGGAAUGGUCAAUCCUGUAGAAGGAGGGAAACCAUUCCUUCCAGAGACCUUUAACCAUGCUUGUCAAGAAAAAUCCGUGGUGACGGAAACAGCAAUCCAGGACAAACAAGCAUUGGGGUUAUCAUCGUCGCAGGUUGAUGAUGAGAGCGAAACUGCGUCCGUUGAUGACGUUCUUUGGCUGCACAUGCCUCCAAAUGAUCCGCUGGACAGUGACAAAAUUAGGACUGAACUUUACGACACGAUUGACACUUUGCAUCAUGCAGGAAACGAUGUUCUGUUCAUUCCGAUUUCUAAAGGAUAUUCUGACACAGAGGAAGUAAAACAUGGUUUCUUAAAAUCUCUACAAAUUACUCCUGAACGUUUUAGUAGAUUUCGAAAAUUGAAAAUAAAACGAUUAUAAGUUUAUCGUUUACUUGAAAAAUCAUUAU